AUGCAGAGCGAUUACGAUUUAAAUACCGAAACGCUACUGUAUAUCUGUGAACUUCUCUCCCACGGGGCCCGCACCGGGUCGCGAGAACGGCGUGUUGUAGGCGUUACAGAGAAUAACAACGAGGUGAGGAUCGUUUCUACAGUGAAUGGACAGAAAGACAGGCCCAGAUCUUUGCAAACCUCUCCCGCGAAGUCGACAAGCUCUGGGAGAUCAUUUGGAGAUGUAUUUGGCAACGAUUCGUCGACUCAGGCACCGGCAGGUGCAUUGUGCAGCCUUGAGGAGGAGGAGGAAGAUGAGUUCCUGAAUGGCGAAGCGAGAGAAACGUGUUCCUUCAACUCUCAACUGUCCAAGACACUUCCGCAGAUACUUGCAGACAAAGGUGCUCUAGGUUAUUUUAUUCAGUUUAUGGAGACGCAGAACUGCAUAGCGCUCAUCAAGUUCUGGCUGGAAGUGGAAUGCUUGUGCAGUUCGUUCAACGUGUUGGAAAACAAGGUGGAGAAUGUCGAAUGUUUGAAUUGUGUGAGGAGUACGAGUAGCAUUGCCAAUUCGGUGAACAACAAUGAUAAUUUCCAAUGCGACACGGCGCAGAACAACGUUGACAGUCACGAGAGCAAGGAACUACUGCUUGACGAAUAUGUAAAUAGCAAUGAUAUGAAAUCAAACUGCAACGACAUGCCAAAGACUAGUCAAACCAUAAGCAAAAUGCGACAAUCAAAUCACGACUGCAAGAGAAAAGAUAUGACCACCAUUAGGCAGGACGUGUUAAGAAUUCACAAGAAAUAUAUUACUAAGGAUACUCUCGGUACGAGUCAGAUCCCUGAAGAUCUGCAAGUGAAAAUGGAGAAAGUUCUCAACUGUGAAAACAUUGAGCCUAUGUUGCAGUGCCUGUCAGCUGUACAAAAUAUUGUAUAUCAGACAUUAGAAAAUGAACACAUCAACGACUUCUUACGAAGUGAAUUUCAUUGCAAACAUCAGAUUGAUGUUCUUACAAGUGGUAAUGUACAGUUGGCUGAUAUAUUGUACAACGAAACUGCUUUCUUUUAUUUUAUGGAGUUCAUGGAGCUUGAAAAUAAACGUGAGUUGUUAGACUUUUGGAUGUCAGCCAUGAGUUAUAAACAAAAUUUACUAGAGAAGAAAGGUGCUGCAAAUCCUGAAGAAGCACAAGCCGAUGCUCUAAUUAUUUAUGACAAAUAUUUUAGCUUGCAAGCAACGAUGCCCCUUGGUUUUAGCGACAAAAUUCGUUUUCAAGUCGAGCAAAACAUUUGUCGCGAGAAUGGAGAGGGGCCGGAACCUGAUUGCUUCGAUAAACCAUGUAGAAUUGUGUAUAAUUUCUUGAGUAAGUAUUAUCUACCUACUUUCUUAUCAUCUCAGUUAUAUUACAAAUACUUAUCAGAAUUAAUCGGUAUUAUACAAAGCAAUCCAUGUUCAAAUUUACAUCCCAGGCUAAAAAGAGCAGGUUCUGAUUGUAGUAGCGAGGUCAGUUCUGUUAGUAUUAAUAUGCAGAAUACCCUGCAGGCAGGGAGUGAAGGAAAUAGAUUGAACAAUAAUAAAAAUAUUACCAGUGGUAUGAACAUUGAUACUAGACAACUGUAUGAUCCAGAUUCUUUGUGGAAACGUAACAAAUAUAGUUUGAGCGUCGGUUAUAUUGAUAAUCUAGGCAGAUUCAUUACUGAAAUAGAGCCCGAUCCUCAAAGGAAAUAUGAAUCUCGAUUAACACGUGCUGUAAAAAGACUUGUAAAUAUGGAGCAAGAUAAGGCUAAAGAGGAGUUAGCAUGGAAGAUUGCCGAGAUGAUCAUUCGUGAGAUCACCUCUUUGACUUUAGGAACUUCGAAUUUUCCAUCUUGAUGACAGUCACUACGUUCGACAUCAGUUUAUUUACUUUUUUGUGUAAUGUACUUUGCAGUUUUAGUAUCGCAAAGAUAAAUAUUCUGUUUUACGUUAUAUGGUUUUUUUGGAAUUUUUUAUGGAACAACAUAGAGUAUUCCACUGAAGUGCCAAAUUGAAUAUUGACAAACCUAAUUGUUUUACUGUUAAAUUUAACAAUCGGGAAAGGAGUUUAAGUUUGUAUAUAUAAGUUUUUACAUAUUUAUUUGUUUACAUGUUUAUUUGUUUUCCGUGCUACAUUUAAAAUAUACGCGUUUAGUAUUAAAUUCAUUGCAGAAUGAAAGUUCUUCUUUUAAAAAGCAACUUUUUAAUUGUGAUAUUAUGCCACUUGUUUGUAUAUUCGUAAUGAGUUUAAUAACUUCGAAUUUCGUAAGAUUAUAUUAUUAUAAAAGAAAGAGAUUGUUGUAACUAACAAAACGAAUAAUAAUGAUAAAGUACGAAGCUUUCCCGUUUUAUUUAAAGCUUAAUCAAGGCACAAUAGCGAACCGUGCAAAACGAAAACAAUAAUUUUCAAGUGCUUUAACUUCAUACUCUUUCUAACGUCUAUGAGAUUAUAAAAGUAUUCGUUUCUAUUAUAAGAUGUAAUUAUACUUUUAAGGCGACUAUAUUAGGAUGUGCGAAGCAUAUGGUUUUGCGUUCGAAAUAACAUACUUUAUCCAAUUGUUCGACUGCCAAGGUCUUUUCAUUUCAGUAAGUUUCUUAUAUUUCCGAUGGGCGCAUUUCUCUUAUCGAGAAAUGUGUAAGAGAUGAAAAGAGUAUUUUACAUGAUUUUUACGACAUAUCGUAAAAGAGCAAGAAUGGAAUACAGCACAUAUAAUAUAACACGCAGUCUAGAUAUCAGAAAGCGAAUAAUCAUUUGACGAAGUUGUAGAUUUUUGGCAGUGGAGUUUCGAAUGAUAAUUUUAUUCAUUUCGCAUGAAUCUUCUGUAGUAAUAAUUCCCACGUAUUCUUAUGCGUUUUACAUGUUUAUACUUGGCAGUAUUUAUUACGUAUUAGACGUAAUUUUAAAGUGACGUACACAGAACGUUCAAUUCGUUACUGUAGAAUCGGGAGAACUUCUAUACGUUAGUCUUAUAUAGCUAGAAUUAGUUGAUAGUAUAUAUAAGUAUAUAUACAUUUACAUUAUACAAAAAUUAU